AUGGCAACCAAAAACAGUAAUACUUACGAACAACCGCUCCGACUCGAGCUGAGCAUGGCAGCACAGCGGCCACGCAAAGAAAAACAUCAAAUGCGAUCGAAUUCCUUGCCCAACAUUUAUCGCUCGUUUGCUUCCACCAAUAAUAGCAGCAGCAGCAGCAGCAGCAACAACAACAGCAACAGCAACAGCAAUACUACUACUGCUACGAAUCAGGCGGAAUCAUCAGCAUUGCUCGCCACCAGCGACAUCUUUACGGACCGCAUGGGAAUGAUUGAUUUGAACUAUCAUGACACUCAAAAGAUUGUGCGGGAUUUGUUGGAACACAACGUUGCUGCGUCUUCUUUGCCGGCGGUCAAUGAACGCAUGCGGGAAGAGUCUUUGGAGGACUGUCAUGCCUUUUCCGAUGUCACUCGCGUCAAGCAUCACGCCAAAGAGGGCGCGACUACCUUGUCCUCUGUCAAUGAGCGCAUGCGAGAAGAAUCACUAGAAGAUUGUCACGCCUUUUCCGAUGUUUCGCGUACCAUGAUCCAUCACGUCAAUCAUGGAGCUUCUACUUCUCUGUCGUCUGUCAAUGAACGCAUGAGGGAAGAAUCACUAGAGGAUUGUCACGCCUUUUCGGACGUUUCCCGUACGACCCACGUUGCUUCCUCGACCGGUACUCUAUCCUCGGUCAAUGAACGCAUGUCGGAAGAAUCCUUGGAAGAUUGCCACGCCUUUUCCGAUAUUCAAAGUAACAAGAGGAUGGGUUCAUUUUCUCAAUUGUCCAACAGCAAUUCACCUCAUUUGGAACCCUUUGAUGAAAGUGAAGAAUUUGAAAUGGAAGAAAAAAAUCAAUCCUCGAAAGCAGCACCCGUCAAAACUACUACCACUACCACUACUUCUUCUUCUUCUUCUUUUUCUACUCCAGCACGACCGCUGUCGCCAGCGUCGCAACUCUUCCCCAAACGAGCAACAGGCGGAUCUACCAACAGUAAUUUUCGAUCCAGCAGAUUUCAAUUGUUGGGACAACAACCUCGGGCAGCCUCUUUGCCCAAUAUUUACAAUCUGCAAAAGAAGAAAAAUGGCAACAACAACAACAACAACAAUUAUAAUUACAAUGAUGAUGAUGAUGAUGAUGAUGAUGAUUUGCUCACGGACCACAGGGGCAUUUGCGAUUUGGAAUACAGUGACAUGAAGAAAGUGGUGGAACAAGUGUUAAAUCACGACAAGGAAGCAACAACCUCAUUGCCUCCUCUAACGGAAGCUCCUGGAGAACAUGACAAUGGUGCCACAAUCAUGGCCGCAACGGAAGACGAAGGAAACGAAGACGAAUCAUCCGCCAACCCCGCCGCCGCUGCUGCUGCUGGCAAGGAAAAAAAGAAGGGCAUCUUUGAUAGAUUCAAAGGACGAUCAUCGCUCAAGAAAGUUAUGGGGAAUGCAUAG